AGGAUCAGUCGAAAAUCGUUGUCAAUCGAAGCUAUAACUAAAAUUAAGAAUUUUUCUCUUCCGAAAAUAUUAUUACGAACGAAAAAUAAUAAACAUAAUAAGUAUAAUUGUAAUUGUACUCGAGCAUAGAUCAUUUCGAUAGCGAAACCAAAAACACACACAUCAAAUAAAAUGCCUUCCUUCCAACCGAUCGAGGCCCCCAAGUGUCCGCGCUGCGGCAAGAGCGUCUAUGCCGCUGAGGAGCGUCUGGCCGGUGGCUAUGUAUUCCACAAGAACUGCUUUAAAUGCGGUAUGUGCAACAAAUCGCUGGACUCCACCAAUUGCACAGAGCACGAACGCGAGCUGUACUGCAAGACUUGCCAUGGCAGGAAAUUCGGGCCCAAGGGCUAUGGCUUCGGCACCGGUGCCGGCACUCUCUCCAUGGACAAUGGGUCACAGUUCCUGCGCGAAAACGGUGAUGUGCCGUCGGUGAGGAACGGUGCCCGCUUGGAGCCCCGUGCCAUUGCCCGUGCCCCGGAGGGUGAGGGUUGCCCCAGGUGCGGCGGUUAUGUGUAUGCCGCCGAACAGAUGUUGGCCCGUGGACGCAGCUGGCACAAGGAGUGCUUCAAGUGCGGCACCUGCAAGAAGGGUCUGGACUCGAUCCUGUGCUGCGAGGCCCCCGACAAGAACAUCUACUGCAAGGGCUGCUAUGCCAAGAAGUUCGGCCCGAAGGGCUAUGGCUAUGGCCAGGGCGGUGGUGCUUUGCAGUCCGACUGCUAUGCCCAUGAUGACGGAGCACCCCAGAUCCGUGCUGCCAUCGAUGUGGACAAGAUCCAGGCCCGUCCCGGCGAGGGUUGCCCUCGUUGCGGUGGCGUUGUCUACGCCGCCGAGCAGAAGCUGUCCAAGGGACGCGAGUGGCACAAGAAGUGCUUCAACUGCAAGGAUUGCCACAAGACGCUGGACUCGAUCAAUGCCAGCGAUGGCCCCGAUCGCGAUGUUUACUGCCGCACCUGCUAUGGCAAGAAGUGGGGUCCCCAUGGAUAUGGCUUUGCAUGCGGCUCCGGUUUCCUGCAGACUGACGGCCUGACCGAGGAUCAGAUCAGUGCCAACAGGCCCUUCUAUAACCCGGACACCACCUCGAUUAAGGCCCGCGAGGGUGAGGGUUGCCCCAGGUGCGGUGGAGCCGUAUUUGCCGCCGAGCAGCAGCUGUCCAAGGGCAAGGUGUGGCACAAGAAGUGCUACAACUGCGCUGAUUGCCACAGGCCGUUGGAUUCGGUCCUGGCCUGCGAUGGACCCGAUGGCAACAUCCACUGCCGCGCCUGCUACGGCAAGCUGUUCGGACCCAAGGGCUUUGGCUAUGGCCAUGCCCCCACUCUGGUGUCCACCAGUGGCGAGAGCACCAUCCAGUUCCCCGAUGGCCGUCCGCUGGCCGGACCCAAGACAUCAGGCGGAUGUCCCCGAUGCGGAUUCGCUGUCUUUGCCGCCGAGCAGAUGAUCAGCAAGACCCGGAUUUGGCACAAGAGAUGCUUCUACUGCUCGGACUGCCGGAAAUCGCUGGACUCGACGAAUCUGAACGAUGGCCCCGAUGGCGACAUCUACUGCCGGGCCUGCUAUGGCCGCAACUUUGGGCCCAAGGGUGUGGGCUACGGUCUGGGCGCGGGCGCUUUGACAACGUUCUAAACGAGUUUACUUAUAUUUACACCUAUAUUCGAACCCCACAUCCAUGUCUGUGAACCGUUCCGAUACUUCUGUCUAAUGACCUAUCUGUCUUAACACUAACUAUCCCAGAAAUUAGCUAACUUAGUCUUCGUUUGCUUCCAACGAUUUUUGAUCAACGAAAACCAUUUUUCUUUAGGUUAUGUGAGAAUAUAAGCUUAAUAUGAAACAAAAAAAAAAAAUAAAUAAAAAAAUUAAAACUUUCAUAUGAAAAAGUGAAACCAAAAGAACUUACGACUCAAAGCGAAAGCGAAACUAACCAUCGAACAACAAAGACUAACGAUCCUAACUACAUAAACGACAUCAAACACAA